AUGAUACCUCAGUGUUUUCCCAAAGAAUACCAAAGCGAGUGUCACAACCAGAUGAUCCGCAAAAUGCCCGCAUCAUUCAGCUGGGACUGGGUAAGCAUACCUGUCCAUCACAUACCUGUCCAUCACAUACCUGUCCAUCACAUACCUGUCCAUCACAUACCUGUCCAUCACAUACCUGUCCAUCACAUACCUGUCCAUCACAUACCUGUCCAUCACAUACCUGUCCAUCACAUACCAGUCCAUCACAUACCUGUCCAUCACAUACCUGUCCAUCACAUACCUGUCCAUCACAUACCUGGACCGGCAUUUCCCACACAAGGCAUAUGGAAACCCAUCGGUCUGGAGGCGUACGACCGGUCAGUGGUGCGGGACAUCACCGUUGAGACCACACCCGUCAAUGACUCGCCGACCAAAUGGCAGCUCAACACCGGUGUGUUCUUCGAGUCGGCCGCAGCCGUAACCGUCAAACUGACCGUACAUCUGGACGAUAGGGAACUGGUCUCUGGCCAAGAGUACGCGCUAACGCCGGGCCCGGACGGCACCAGCAAGGUGAAACUAAUAAUCCCGGUGGACAAUGUGGAAAAAUGGUGGCCAAACGGCGUGGGCAAAGCUACUCAACGACUGUACGCGCUUAAAGUGACCGCCGUUUUCCCGGACUCGCCCGGAGAGGUGUCUGAACUGAGCCGUCGGAUCGGUUUCCGUACGAUCGAAGUGAUACAGACACCGGUGAAGCCAAUAGGGCUCACGUUUUACUUCCAGGUGAACGGACAGCCCUUCUAUGCCAAAGGGUCCAAUUGGAUACCCGCCGACAACCUCCAGGAGCGCAUCACUCGGGAGUACUUGCGUGGGCUGAUGCAGUCGGCUAGUGAUGCCAACAUGAAUAUGAUGCGCGUCUGGGGCGGCGGUGUCUACGAGUCGGACUACUUGUACGAUCUAUACCCCACCGAUCCGGCAUUUUUGGCCACCGUUGACCAGGAGGUGACCCAACAGAUGCGUCGACUACAACACCACCCGUCUAUAGCCAUAUGGGCCGGUAACAACGAGAACGAGGGUUUUGUGCGAUUGGGCAACAAGAAUGAGACGGCUAUACAUAAAGCCGAUUACAUCGAGCUCUACAUCACUCAUAUCCGACGCCUGAUUCUGGCCCACGACAUGAGCCGCACGUUUGUGGGCUCGAGUCCGUCCAAUGGCGAUGAGGAGGUUCAGGAGGAUUGGGUGUCCGGCCACUUGGCCGACACCCGUUACGGCGAUGUCCACUACUAUACGUAUGACAAACCCCUGUGGAAUUGGCGCCAAUACCCGAGCGGUAAGUUUGCCUCAGAAUACGGCUACAUAUCCUACCCGUCCGUCGAGACACUGUUGACCGUAUUGAACGAGACUGACCUGACGUUCCCGAUCGGUGCGGCGCUGGAGCACCGGCAGCACCAUCCGGGCGGCACCAAAUCCAUCGAGAAGGCAAUUGCCACUUAUUUCAAACUACCCUCGAAGGGCGGUGUCGAUCGGUUCGCCGAUUUGGUGUACUUAUCACAAGUAAUACAAGCGAUGGCUAUGAAAGUGGAGACAGAGUUUUAUCGCCGCAACCGAGCGAUAGACCCGAAGACGGGUAACGGGAACACA